AGGAGGCGGCGAUCCCGGCGGAGGGGGCCGUUCGCCAGCUCCGAGGCAGAAAGUGCCACGACUCCACACGCGCGCACGCAGCCAGCGAGCGGCCCGAGCGGACGGCUGACGGGGCGGGUGGCGUCGGGGUCGCGGUGCCUGCAGCUGUUCGGGGGCGGCUUAUCAGCGGAAGCUCGGCCGACUCCUCUCUCCCGGUUCCGCGGCGGCGGCAAAGGCGGCGGCUCCUGCCCUCUCGCUCUCCCUCUCGCGUCUCCGGCUGCAGGUGAAAGGAGCAAGCCAGAAUGGACAUUUACGACACUCAGACCUUGGGGGUUGUGGUCUUUGGCGGAUUCAUGGUGGUUUCUGCCAUUGGCAUCUUCCUGGUGUCGACCUUCUCCAUGAAGGAAACAUCGUAUGAAGAAGCCCUAGCCAACCAGCGGAAGGAGAUGGCGAAAACUCACCACCACAAAGUAGAGAAGAAAAAGAAGGAGAAGACAGUGGAAAAGAAAGGAAAGACCAAGAAAAAGGAAGAGAAACCCAAUGGGAAGAUACCUGACCAUGAGUUGGCACCCAACGUGACCAUCCUCUUCAGAGAGCCAGUGCGGGCACCUGCCAUGGCUGUGGCUCCAACCCCAGUUCAGCCCCCCGUGGUCAUUGCACCUAUUGCCACAGUUCCAGCCAUGCCCCAAGAGAAACCAGCCUCCUCCCCUAAGGACAAAAAGAAGAAGGAGAAAAAAGUGGCAAAAGUGGAACCAGCAGUCAGUUCUGUAGUGAAUUCCAUCCAGGUUCUCACUUCAAAGUCUGCCAUCUUGGAAACUGCUCCCAAGGAAGUGCCCAUGGUAGCUGUGCCCCCAGUGGGUGCCAAGGCUAGUACCCCAGUUACUGGCACUGCUCAGGGCAGAAAAGCAGAGGGGGCUCAGAAUCAGGGCAAGAGGGCCGAGGGGGCCCAGAACCUGGGCAAGAAGGCCGAGGGGGCCCAGAACCAGGGCAAGAAGGCCGAGGGGGCCCAGAACCAGGGCAAGAAGGCCGAGGGGCCCCAGAACCAGGGCAAGAAGGCCGAGGGGGCCCAGAACCAGGGCAAGAAGGCCGAGGGGCCCCAGAACCAGGGCAAGAAGGCAGAGGGGGCCCAGAACCAGGGCAAGAAGGCCGAGGGGGCCCAGAACCAGGGCAAGAAGGCCGAGGGGGCCCAGAACCAGGGCAAGAAGGCCGAGGGGGCCCAGAAUCAGGGCAAGAAGGCCGAGGGGGCCCAGAACCAGGGUAAGAAAACAGAGGGGGCCCAGAACCAGGGCAAGAAGGUGGAAGGGGCCCAGAACCAGGGUAAGAAAGCCGGGGGAGCCCAGAACCAAGGGAAAAUGGCAGAGGGGAUACAAAAUCAGGGAAGAAAGGCAGAUGGGGUCCAGAACCAGGGUAAAAAGGCAGAGGGAACCCCAAACCAGGGCAAAAAGGUAGAAGGAGCUCAAAAUCAGGGGAAAAAGGCCGAGGGAACCCCAAACCAGGGGAAAAAGGCUGAGGGAACCCCAAACCAGGGCAAAAAUGUUGAUGGAGCUCAAAACCAGGGUAAGAAGGCAGAUGGAACUCCAAACCAGGGGAGAAAGGCAGAUGGGGCCCAGAACCAGGGCAAAAAGACAGAGGGAACUCCAAACCAGGGGAAAAAGGGUGAGGGAACCCCAAACCAGGGGAAAAAGGGUGAGGGAACCCCAAACCAGGGCAAAAAGGCUGAGGGAGUCCCAAACCAGGGCAAAAAGGUAGAAGGAGCCCAAAACCAGGGCAAAAAGGCUGAGGGGAACCAAAAUCAGGGCAAAAAGGCCGAGGGGGCCCAGAACCAGGGCAAAAAAGGAGAGGGGACCCCCAACCAGGGCAAAAAGGCAGAUGCAAUUGCUAAUCAGGGCACAAAGGCAGAGGGAGUUACAAACCAGGGGAAGAAAGCAGAGGGGGUUCCCAGUCAAGGCAAAAAGGCAGAGGGAACACCAAACCAGGGCAAAAAGGCAGAAGGGUCCCCCAGUCAGGGCAAGAAGGUGGAUGUGGCUGCUAAUCAGGGUAAAAAGACUGAGUCGGCUGCCAUCCAGGGCAAAAAUACAGAUACGGUCCGGAGCCAGGAGGCACCAAAGCUAGAGGCACCUGCAAAGAAGAAGUCUGGUUCAAAGAAAAAAGGUGAGCCUGGGCCCACGGAUUCUGACAGCCCUCUCUACCUCCCCUACAAGACUCUGGUCUCCACGGUCGGGAGCAUGGUGUUCAGUGAGGGAGAGGCCCAGCGGCUCAUCGAGCUCCUGUCCGAGAAGGCCGGCAUCAUUCAGGACACAUGGCAUAAGGCCACUCAGAAGGGUGACCCUGUGGCGAUUCUGAAACGCCAGCUGGAAGAAAAGGAAAAGCUUCUGGCCACGGAGCAGGAAGAUGCUGCUGCAGCCAAGAGUAGGCUCAGGGAGCUCAACAAGGAGAUGGCAGCGGAAAAGGCCAAGGCAGCAGCUGGGGAGGCCAAGGUGAAGAAGCAGCUAGUGGCGCGGGAGCAGGAGAUCACGGCCGUGCAGGCACGGAUGCAGGCCGCCUACCGGGAUCACAUGAAGGAGGUGCAGCAGCUGCAGGGCAAGAUCCGGACUCUGCAGGAGCAGCUGGAGAACGGCCCCAACACUCAGCUGGCCCGUCUGCAGCAGGAGAACUCCAUCCUGAGGGACGCCCUGAACCAGGCCACAAGCCAGGUGGAGAGCAAGCAGAAUGCAGAGUUGGCCAAGCUCCGGCAGGAGCUCAACAAGGUCAACAAGGAGCUGGAGGAGAAGUUAGAGGCUACGCGGCAGGAGGAGCAGCGGCGGAAGGCUCUGGAAACCAAGGCAGCCACCUUCGAGAAGCAGGUCCUACAGCUGCAGGUGGCUCACAAGGAGAGUGAGGAGGCCCUGCAGAAGCGCCUGGACGAGGUCAGCCGGGAGCUGUGCCGUACUCAGACCAGUCAUGCCAGCCUCCGGGCAGAUGUGGAGAAGGCCCAGGAGCAGCAGCAGCAGAUGGCUGAGUUGCGCAGCAAGUUACAGUCCUCUGAAGCAGAGGUGAGGAGCAAAUGUGAGGAGCUGAGUGAUCUCCACGGGCAGCUCAAGGAGGCCAGAGUGGAGAACUCACAGCUCACGGAAAGGAUCCGAUCCAUCGAGGCCUUGCUGGAGGCAGGCCAGGCCCAGGACACCCAGGCCAGCCAAACGGAGGCCGACCAGCAGCAGACCCGCCUCAAGGAGCUGGAGUCCCAGGUGUCGUGUUUGGAGAAAGAGGCCACUGAGCUCAGGGAGGCUGUGGAGCAGCAGAAAGUGAAGAACAACGACCUCCGAGAGAAGAACUGGAAGGCCAUGGAGGCGCUGGCCGUGGCUGAGCGGGCCUGCGAGGAGAAACUGCGCUCCCUGACACAGGCCAAGGAAGAUUCAGAGAAGCAACUCCACCUGACCGAGGCACAGACCAGGGAGGCCCUCCUGGCUCUGCUCCCAGGACUCUCCCUCACGGCACACCAGAAUUAUGCCGAAUGGCUGCAGGAGCUCAAAGAGAAAGGCACUGAGUUACUGAAGCAGCCAUCGGCUACCACAGAGCCCUCCUCGGACUUGGCCUCCAAGUUAAGGGAGGCUGAAGAGACCCAGGUCACUCUUCAGGCCGAGUGUGACCAGUACCGCACGAUCCUGGCUGAGACGGAGGGCAUGCUGAGAGACCUGCAGAAGAGCGUGGAGGCGGAGGAGCAGGUGUGGAAGGCCAAAGUGGACGCAGGAGAGGGGGAGCUUCAGAAGUCACGGGCCACAGUGAAACAUCUUGAAGAGACCAUAGAGAGGCUAAAAGGAGAACGUGACAGUUCGGAUCAGGUGAGGGAGCAUCUGGAGGUGGAGCUGGAGAAGCACAUGGCAGCCGCCAGCACCGAGUGCCAGAACUACGCCAAGGAAGUGGCAGGGUUGAGGCAACUUUUAUUAGAAUCUCAAUCUCAGCUGGAUGUAGCCAAGAAUGAAGCCCAGAAGCAGAGUGAUGAGCUUGCCCUGGUCAGACAGCAGUUGAGUGAGAUGAAGAGCCACGUAGAGGAUGGUGAUGUAGCUGGGUCCCCAGCUGCCUCCCCAGAGGCCCCCCCAGCCGAGCAGGACCCUGUCGAGCUGAAAAUGCAGCUGGAACGGACAGAGGCUGUCCUGGAGGAUGAGCAGACACAGCGGCACAAGCUCACAGCCGAAUUUGAGGAGGCUCAGGCCGCAGCAUGUCGGUUACAAGAAGAGCUGGAGAAGCUUGGCACCACCAGUCUGGAGUCUUCAGGAACAGUGGAGGCUGUGCAGCUGAAGGAAAGACUAGAAAAAGAAAAAAAGUUAACAAGUGACCUGGGGCGCGCUGCCACCAAACUGCAGGAGCUUUUGAAGACAACGCAGGAACAGCUGGCAAAGGAGAAAGACACAGUGAAAAAGUUGCAGGAACAGCUGGAAAAAACAGAAGACAGUAGCAGCUCAAAGGAGGGCACCUCUGUCUGAGUCUCCUGUGGAAAAAGAAGUUACUGUUCAACUUACCAAAAUGCCUUACACAUUCCUUACAAGUAAACAAACCAGUACAGCGUUAUCCAGGCCCAACUUCCGGUAGCUCAAAGAGAAGCCAUUAGAGACAUGAGUCUCUUAGAACUACAGAAAUAGAUCUUCCAGAUACUCAGUUUGUAAAAGAACCUUUGUCACAUUUGAUAAACACUACUCCCUGGAAGCCGCCCUGGACGCCACCACCUGAGCAGUCGCCAAAGCCCUCAUCAACUCUGUGACAGCCUCCUGGGUGUUUUGUGCCCGGAGGCUGGUUGUUCUAGGGGUCUGUCAAAUCAGUGCAAUUGUCCUGUCUGUAUUCAGUGGGGCAGGGCUGGGAAGUGGGCGGGACCAGGUCAUAAGUUCUGGAAGGCUGUGGGCGCACUGGAGGACCACAGGCCAGCCCAGUGAGGCAGCAACCCUGCACCCCUUGAAGAUGCCAACCAGGACUGAUGUGUGACCUCCUGGAUGACAAUGCCAUUAAAACCAACAUUGAUGCCUGGCA